UAAAAUCAUGAUAUAAAUUGACAAUAUUUUUUGUUUUUUUUAAAAGAUACUAAAUAUUAAAUAACUAAUUCCCGGUGCUCAACAAGCAGCAUCAUUUGCUCCAACACAAGCGCUUCUUCAAUCCAAGACUUACCUACACGACAAUGGAGAAAGUCCCGGUGCUGAUUUGCCGUUGUCUAACCCGAAGGUUCUCUCAGGAAGCGACGAAGGAAGGGCUGGCAAGACUCUCUCUGGUGCAGUCCGAGGAAGACCGCGUUGAAACCAAUCACCUACAGGAAAGAGAAGAAGAUCUACCUGUGCUGAUUUGUCGUUGUCUAACCCGAAGGUUCUCUCAGGACGCGACGACAGAAGGGCUGGCAAUACCCGCUCCGGUGCAGUCCGAGGAAGACCAAAGACCACACAGGUUGCAUCCUUCAGGACAAAUAGAUGCUCACACUCACAUUAAGCACAUGAGAGGUCCUGAUCAAGCGCAUGCAGUACUGACGCUCCCUGAAACCGGCCACGCGAUACAAGGGCCUCUUGAAUGAUAGCGCUUUCAACAAAAUGUCAAGGAGAUGCUUCCAGGAGCUUGACAGAGGAGUUGAAAAACUGGAAAAGUCGAGUGACUCCUCAAAACAUACGAUCUCCACGGCGAGCAAAAGCCCCAAAGUCAUGACCUAGGGGGUAACAUGUCGGGUCUGUCCAAAGACCCUAAGUUACCACACACCAGAAUCACAAAGGAGAGCCAAAGACUCGCCACCGGAGGAGAACCGUGGUUGCCGAUGCUUGCAGCUAGGAAGAGAGGUUCUAGGUGACAAGCCUCCACGACACCUUUCUCUAAACUGAGAUGAGAAGCUGGAAAGUCCCAAACCGCAGAUCUGUUGCAGAGUCGAUAAGAAGACUACUAGAGAGAGGGAGGCAGCGACGCUACCACUCGCCCGAGAACCCUUGGGAAUCAGAACUGAUCUCUGUUAGUCCGCAAAGAAUCGAGAGCUAGGGACCCCCAAGACGACGACGAUGAUCAGUGCCGUCCCAAAAUUUGAUGUGGCCUAAAGCACAAUAAAAAUUAUGUGGCCUUUGGAAAAUAGUAAUGCAAACAACACAAAAGUGCUUAAAAUCAUUGAAUAUGGCCGAAUCUGUAAUAAAAAUGUGACCCUAAAAUUUGUUAUAUAUCUUGUGGCCUAAAGCAUGUGCUUUACUUGCCUUAUAGCAAGUACGGGCCUGACGAUGAUGAAACUCUUCGCCUAAGCUCCGGAGAAACCUCACACACUCAAGGCUUCAGCUAGAUUAUCUGUUAAACUAACGGAAAUCCAGAGGCUUGAGCAAGGAAGAGAAGAAGAAUCGAGUUCAACCGAGGUUGAUGCAGUGAAAUUAACGGAAAGAAGAAGAGACGGUAGGUGACCGGCGGCGAGAGCCACCAGCCACCACCGACGCGGUUUCGAUGUUAAAAGCCGAGAGAGAGAUAAGAGAGGUGUUUGUUUGUUUGCGGCUAUGCGUCGCACAAACAACAUUUGCUGGUACCAAACGCUACCACUAGAGAAUCACUCUCUCAA